AUCCAAUGCCUUUCAUAAUCCAAAGAUUGUCCAAACACGGUCACUUUAAUCAUGACAGCUUUGUUGAUUUUUGUUGAAUAGACUUAUUUAUCUAUUUUAGUAAAAGUAUUAAAAAGUAAAGGGCAAUAAUGGGAAAUUGCUUGAAAACAAGCAGCUCUUCCGAUGACAUUUCACUUUUGCGAGGCAACGACGGUGUUAAUAGUUCUUACAACGAAACACAACAGGCACUAAAUCAUCAGGUUGAACAAUAUCAACGUGUAUUUCACCCCACGAGCACCUCUACUCCAUCUAUCAUUCGACAACAAGAACACCUAACAGAGAACGAGGAUCACGUGAAGCUGGCAAAGCGAAUUGGCUUAAUGCAACAUUUGCCCUUUGGGACAUACGAUGGAAGUUCGAAAAAGGCUCGAGAAUGUGUAAUUUGCAUGGCAGAAUUUUGCGUGGACGAAACUGUGCGCUAUCUGCCCUGCAUGCAUAUUUAUCAUGUCCAUUGCAUAGACGAUUGGUUAAUGCGAAGUUUAACAUGCCCGAGUUGCUUGGAGCCCGUCGAUGCUGCCUUACUCACUAGCUAUGAGACAACAUAGCGCCUACAUAUAGUUUUUCAAAAAUGUUACAUUUAAAAGUUAACAGAAAAAUCACACCGAAAACUAUUUUCGAGUUGGAGAAAUAUUUCAAAAAUAUAUAUUUUUUAGACUUAAAUUAUUUAGUAUUUAUUUUUUUAAUUUGUUUCUCAUUAAGUUUAUCUGUUUUUAUUUGAUAGUUGGCGAAUAUGUAAUAUUUAUGUUAGCGGGAUCCAAAUGGUAUAUCUUAAGCUCUCGUCUGUAUAUAUGUAUAUCGGCUUUUCCAGAAAAGAUCUACCGCGAUGCUAAAAUUAAAAGUCUAAAAACAUGUGUUAUUUUAAUUUAUAUUGUUAUAUUAAUAUGUAAAUAUACAGAAUAUUAUUAGUUAACGGCAUAUUUUUAUUUUUGUCUUGAAAUAUUUGAUCCUAAACUCACAGGUAGAAUUUUUUCUCUGUUCGCGACCAUAGUGUUGGCUUUUCGUACUUAUUCGUUUUUUGCUUAUAUGAUUGUAUUACGAUUUUUGUAUCAACAAUAAACUAAUAAAAAAGUAA